AUACAGUAUGCUACAAAGGACAUACAGAAGACUACAAAGGACAAACAGAACACAACAGGACAUACAGUAUGCUACAAAGGACAUACAGAAGACUACAAAGGACAAACAGAACACAACAGGACAUACAGUAUGCUACAAAGGACAGAUAGAAGACUGCCAAUGACACACAGAACACAACAGGACAUGCAGUAUGCUACAAAGGACAUACAGAAGACUACAAAGGACGAACAGAAGACUACAAAGGACAAACAGAAAACUACAAAGGACAUACAGAAAACUACAAAGGACAUACAGAAGACUACAAAGGACAAACAGAAGACAUCAAAGGACAAACAGAAGACUACAAAGGACAAACAGAAGACUACAAAGGACAAACAGAAGACUAAAAAGGAAAAACAGAAGACUACAAAGGACAAACAGAAGACUAAAAUACUCAAAGACUCUAGAUAAAAAUCGAGGAAAACUUAGACAAAUGAAAGGGACUACAUCAAAGUUUAAGGAAUACAAAGACUGAACAGUAACAUAGAAGACGACACGAGACUACACAGGAACUAGAAGGACUACUGCGGAAACACAGCAAUAAGUGAAAUAGCUUGAAUUACUGCAAAAGACUGCAAAGAAAAACAGAUGGAUAAAAGAGGAUUAUAAUGAGUGAGAUGAUAACAAAAAAUGUAGCCUACUCCAGAGAAUGUCAAAGGACAAAAUUUUGAUAUUAAAAAAUGUUAUCACAAAAAGACUACUUUAAGUAACCAAUGAUUUAUGGUUUUAGGUUAAAAAAUAUUUUUUUUUGUUUAAAACCUCUUAAGUGACAUAUCUGUGUAUGAAUAUAUGUUACGCAUGUUUAUCUAUUUAUCUAUCUACUUCUGAAUGAGCUGUAUUGCGGCGUGAGCCGGCAUAUCUGUGUGUGAGUAUAUGAACUGUGUCUGUGUGUAUCUAAGUAUACCCGGAGAAAUGACUCAGUAGUGUUUCAGUAGUCCAGAGAAUACUCAUGGUUCUCUCUCAGAUACUAACUAGACCUGGGGAUGAGAACUCAUCCUCUCUCAUCCAUCCAGCCUUUCAUCCCUCAGAUCAUAGUUGGGAUGAGCAUAUCCAUACAGAUGAUUUGCUCCGUAUUGUGCUCCCAGAGCAAAUCUGCUCUGCUCAGAGCAAAUUAAGAAGAGAACGGACAAUUGUCAAAAAGUUACCAAGGAAAAAAAUGUCAGAUUCAUCAGUGCUUCGCGACCUUACAACAGAUCAAAAUUUUUGUGAAAAAUCUUCCCCUCGUCGUAAACGGCGGCAGCGAAAUGACGAAACAACAGUCGGCGGUGUCCGCCAUUCGUCCGGUGGUGUAAGAAAUUCGUCCGGUGGAAUUCGGCAGCCGUCCGGAGAGGAAAGUCGGCGAACGACAAGGAGCAGGGUCGUUCUUCAAGGAAACAGCGGCGCCGUAGUCACUGAAACUCUAGAACCUGAAUUAGACGAUCCUAGAUCACCAGUAUCGCCCCUGUAUGUAAACCAUUUAUCCAGACCAUAUUCACCCUAUUCUACGCAUGGCAGGGAACAUUCGCCCCGUCCGACUCUUAGUGGAGAGAAUUCGCCCACUAUUAUGGUUCCUUCAG